CUUGUCUAAAAUGUAACAUCAAAUGCGUUUUAAACAUAAUUUUUUAUAAGUAGCAGUGGUGAUAUGAAAAAGACGACAUAUACAAUCAGUGACAAUAUGUUUGAGAGGAAAGUACAUUUGGCAAUACUUGAGACCUGAGACCAUUUUAUGUUAGCUCAUCUUGAGACUAUUGACCUGACGUUUUUGAACAUAAAAUAACAAUUACGUAUUCAUUCAAUGUUGACACUACGAUGUCAUUUUAUUCUGUGUUGACAGUACCAGUCAAUACCAUAAAAAUCGUGGUUAGAAUCUAAAUCAAAUAGGCUAGUAAGUAAUACGUGUAUGCUAGCAGAUAGCUUUGUUAGGAUGUAAAACAAAUGGGCUAGACGUAGAAAAAACGAGUUCUUUGAAAUCAAGGAAUACAGCUUUGAAUUGAUUAUAACAAAAUGUUGCAACUGCAAUUUCGUAAACUCAAGGAGAUGAUGGGAAAACUUUGUAACCCUGUAGGAUCAGAAGGAGGACAUUUCUUCACACCGUUAUUUUCACUUCUUGCAUUUACGGGAUUUUUGCUGAUAUGUUUAGUGAAUAUAUGCAUUUUGUGCUGCUAUUCUGGAAUAGUGUUUAUGACGAUCGGAUUUAUCGGAGGAAUGAUGAUUUGUAUCCUAAGAAGAAGAGCGUUAAAACGCCCAACACUUAAAAACUUGAAAAAUAUUUCAAUGCCUGAAGAAUAUUCAAUAAGUAAGCCUGAGACAAUAUCUACAGGAAAUGCGAAAAAUAAAGAUGCAGUUUAUACAGUAAAUGCGACAAAUAAAGAUGCAGACCAUACAGUAAAUGUGCGAAGUAAAACUGAAACAUUAUCUAAAACAAAUGAACCGAGGGAAGCUGGGACAUUAUCUGAAACAAAUGCGCUAAGUACAGCUGAGACACUAUUCGUUAAGUCGCACAAUGUGAAUGUACUAACUUAUAAUAUGGUUGAACCUACAGAAAUAGUUGUGUCAAGGGGACAAUUUGUUGAACCAGCUAAACGCAUGGUUGUACCAAAUGAACAAGUGAUGGCGCCAACUUUAGAGAGGAUUACGCAGGGUGAACGAAUUGUUGUACCAAAAGAACAUUUGGUCGAAUCAACUGAAGGAAAGGUUUUACAAAAUGAACACGUGGUUGUGACUAUAGAAAUUAUGGGAAAUGAAAGUGUCUUCGAAAAUGUCAAGAAUUGCUCCCAUUGAUCAUUUUGUCUUGAGAAGUGAAAGCGGCGAUUUUAACAAAUUGACCCUUUUCUGAAUUAACUAGGAACCUCAAUGGAUUCUCGCUUGUGAUUUUAGAGGAUUGCAAAGUGAAUCACGUGGCACUUACAUUUUUUCAGUUUGAUGAAAUACUUUCUCAUGUAUCUAUUGUAAAACUAAAAACAGGAUUAUUUACACAGUAAUAUUCUUAUGUUCAGUUAUUCAAAGAUUUCGUCGAGUUCUUAAAAUUAAAUUUAAAAAAGUGGUUAUAGUUGGUGGCGGUUUUUGAAUUUGACUUUCUCAACAUUAAGCGCGUGUCGUAGAGUCCAGUUUACUUACUCAAAAGUGUUACUAGCGACUUUUCCAAAACCUUUUUUCAAUUUUUACAGAAAUCUAUACAAAGUGAAACGACCUGGUUUGCGGAAAUGUAUUUUUCUAAUUUGACAAGCACGAGCGUGUUGCAGCUAAGGAUCGAUAGAGAGUAAAAAGUUGAAUAUAACAUUUUCAAAGGG